GCAGAGGAACUUAUGACACAUUCCUACCUCGCGAAUAUUGACUGGGAGUUGGCCAAACGACAACGCCUUGACCCUCCACUUAUUCCACCUCAAGGCGAGGUCAAUGCAGCCGACGCUUUUGAAAUCGGAGCUUUUGAUGAGGAGGAUAUACAAGGUAUUCGGCUGACGACUGAAAAUCAACAGGUCUACAAGGAAUUUGAUGUGGUGAUAGCGGAUCGUUGGGAACACGAAAUGACCACAACGAUAUUUGAUGCAGUGAAUGAAGAUUUUGACCAAAUUGAGAGCAAACGUAGGGACAAGUUGCAGCAGCGUUUGAAUCAACUAAGCCAAACCCUUCCAAAUCAACCUGAAGGAGAAGCGGCUGCAAACCCUCCACAGUCAACGACAAUGUCUAAAGCGAUAGUCCCACUACCUUCGCUUCCUUCUUCAAGCCUGUCACCACCACCACCACCGACCAGUUCUACAACAAAUAAAUCCCUCGAUCAUGAAGACAUUCCAAGUUGGCCAGCAGAACUCCUUCUUGAGUGGUGGAUUGAUCCAAGGAUAUUCGGCUGUGGUCCAUCAGAUUGUUUAGUGGAGAGUGAGGUGCUUCGACUUGGAGGUCCCUUUUUGCACACGUGGCAAAAGAAACAUGCUCGUUUGUUUCCCAAUCGACUGGAGAUUUACAACAAGAAUCAGCAUGGAAUCCCUCUAAAGGGUGCUGAAUUUAUAUCAAUGUUGGAUAUCGCCUCAAUCUACCCAACUCUUCAGCGCGUGAACAAAUAUGACGGUGUCAUUAUCAUUGUUCUCAAAAGUCAAUCCAAGAUUUUCCUUACCUCACAGGACAAAAUAGUUGUAGAGCAAUGGUUAGCUGAACUUCUACGGGCAUUUGAAGUCUCCAGUCAAGUGAUUAGUGGUAUGAGUAGAAAGGUUUACUGGAUCUAUGGAAUAGAUGAACCAAAGCUCUUCGCCAAGGCAUCUCCAUCCUGUUUAAAUUCCUCCCAAGCUCAGCCACCUCCACCCCCCAUAAAUCAAGAAUUGGCUGCAAAAAGAAAGCAAUUUCGACGAAUGCAGUCAUUUCAGACUGCUCUCACUUCUCGUAAUUGGUCUCCUCCCCCGCCACCUCUUCAAACCCAAACACCCGUUCAAAUUCCCCCGGUUCACCAAAUGCAGGCGUCAACUUCGUCUUCACAGCAACCGCCGGCGGCUGCUGAAUCGAAUGCGAGUUCUAGACGUGCGAUGUUCAAGAACCUCAACAAAAUUGGCUUCUCACGAAGUCAAGAUGUCGCCUCCCCCCAACUAUCGGAGUGUACAAAACCACAAACUUUGAGUGGACAUCAUAAACAGACGUAG